AUGAAAGCAUACGUAAUAAUAAACAUGAAGUUUUCUGUUCAACAAGUUAACGACUUCACAUUAGAAGAAUACAUGGAUAUAUUUUCUAAUAUUAUUGAACACUGCCCGAAAUUUGCUAAUAUUUUAUACGAAAGAAAACCUUUUCGAUCUACCAACGCGAUUAUAUUAAUUCUGUACGAAUAUUUAGAGAGUUUGGAGAAUGAAGAAAAGCGAGCAAUGUUAACACGCCAUCCAGAUUUGUCUGGCAAGUUUGAGACAACUUUGACGAAGCAAUCAAACGAGGAACAAAAAGCGGCUCAGUUAAAUACAAUAUCUGAGCACGAAAGAAAAGUUUUACUUGAAUUAAAUUCUAGAUAUAGAAAUCAAUUUGGUUUUCCUUUUGUUGUCUGCGCCAGAGAAAAUAACUAUAACACUAUCAUUCAUAUACUUCAGAAGAGACUAGAUUUUACACAAGAUGAAGAAAUUAAUAAUGGAAUUGGGGAAGUGAAAAAAAUAUCAACUUUGAGAAUUCUUGACUUAGUGGAAGAUGAAAAUAAAGCAACCUCCAAAUGAGACUGAAAUUACUUUAUGUGAUUACCCAAUACUCUGGAAGUCGUCUUCAAACUUAGAAACAUUUUUAUGAGGAGUUUUCUCUAUCAGGGGAAAAUCCCCCACCAUAAAAAUAGUUGAUAUGUCUAAGUAUUCUGGGGAUGAAGCGUAGUGACAAUAUAACUGCAGAAUUAUAUAUGUAAACUGCUAUACUCAUUGUAAUAAACAUGCCUUAAAUUAAAGCUGAAAACAACUAAGUGAAAACAAAGAGUUAAAUCUUGACGAGAAUAUAAGAUUAAAUUAUC